CCGGGGCGCGCUUCCGCCGGCCGCCGCCAGCCGCGGUCCCUGGGCGGCCGGGCAGGGGCGGGGGCCGCCGCCGAGUUUCAGGAACUGCAGCAGCGCGCGGCGGCCACUCGCAGCCCAGCGCGGGGCCGGACCGCGGGGAGCGGCCGCAGCGGGCCGGGAGGGCCGAGACCGGGCCGCCGGGGGACGAGGGGGACCGAGGGGGGCCGACAGGACCGAGAGGGCCGAGACCGGGCCGAGACCGGGCCGAGACCGGGCCGAAGGGGCCGCGCCGGGCCCAGCGAGUCCAGCCGGGCCGACUCCGCGCGCGGGGCCGCGCGUCCAGCCGCCGGCCAUGGCCACCAAGGCGCGGGUUUUGUAUGAUUUUGCUGCUGAGCCUGGAAACAAUGAACUGACAGUUAACGAAGGAGAAAUCAUCACGAUUACAAACUCGGACAUCGGCGGAGGCUGGCUGGAGGGAAAGAACAGCAGAGGAGAGCGAGGGCUGGUGCCCACGGACUAUGUGGAAAUUUUGCCCGGUGAUGGAAAGGAUCAGUUUUCUUGUGGCAAUUCAGUGGCUGACCAAGCCUUCCUUGAUUCCCUCUCGGCCAGCACAGCUCAAGCCAGCUCAGCUGCUGCCAACAGUAAUAACCAGGUGGAUGUUCUGGCUCAGGUUGGCUGCGCUGAGGGUCUCAGCCAGUCCCCACCUUCCUCAUCUUCUCCUUCUCCUCCUCCUUCCGUAAAUAAGCAGGUCAGCGGCGGCAGUGACAUCUGGUCAGCCUGGAACACCAAGGCUGGGAACUGGGACGGCACGGAUGGCUGGGGGGCCAAGCCCGAAGGGGCUUCAGGCCAGAGGAGCACUGCCAAUAACUGGGACACCGCCUUCGGCCACCCCCAGGCUUACCAAGGACCAGCAACUGGGGACGACGAUGACUGGGAUGAAGACUGGGAUGACCCCAAGUCGUCCUCCCCCUACUUCAAGGACACGGAGUCUGCGGAUGCAGGGGGCGCCCAGCGGGGAAACAGCCGGCCGGGUGGUGCCUCCAUGAAGCUGCCCCUGAACAAAUUUCCUGGAUUUGCAAAGCCUGGCACGGAACAGUAUUUAUUGGCCAAGCAACUAGCGAAACCCAAAGAGAAGAUUCCCAUCAUUGUCGGAGACUACGGCCCCAUGUGGGUCUACCCUACCUCGACGUUCGACUGUGUGGUGGCGGACCCCAAGAAGGGCUCCAAGAUGUACGGGCUGAAGAGCUACAUCGAGUACCAGCUCACGCCGACCAACACGAACCGCUCCGUCAACCACAGGUACAAGCACUUCGACUGGCUGUACGAGCGGCUCCUGGUGAAGUUCGGCUCCGCCAUUCCCAUCCCGUCUCUCCCGGACAAGCAGGUCACAGGUCGCUUCGAGGAGGAGUUUAUCAAGAUGCGGAUGGAGCGGCUGCAGGCCUGGAUGACCAGGAUGUGUCGCCACCCGGUCAUCUCUGAGAGCGAAGUGUUCCAGCAGUUCCUGAACUUCCGGGACGAGAAGGAGUGGAAGACAGGCAAGCGGAAGGCUGAGAAAGACGAGCUGGUGGGCGUCAUGGUCUUCUCUACCAUGGAACCAGAGGCGCCAGACUUGGACUUGAUCGAAAUAGAGCAGAAGUGCGACGCCGUGGGCAAGUUCACCAAGGCCAUGGACGACGGCGUGAAGGAGCUGCUGACCGUGGGCCAGGAGCACUGGAAGCGCUGCACAGGGCCCUUGCCCAAGGAGUACCAGAAGAUCGGGAAGGCCCUGCAGAGCCUGGCCGCCGUGUUCAGCACCAGCGGCUACCAAGGUGAGACAGACCUCAACGACGCGCUCACCGAGGCGGGCAAGACCUACGAGGAGAUCGCCACCCUCGUGGCGGAGCAGCCCAAGAAGGACCUGCACUUCCUGAUGGAGUGUAACCACGAGUACAAGGGCUUCCUCGGCUGCUUCCCCGACAUCAUCGGCACUCACAAGGGAGCCAUCGAGAAGGUGAAGGAAAGUGACAAGCUGGUGGCCACGAGUAAGAUCACCCCCCAGGAGAAGCAGAACAUGGUGAAGCGCGUGGGUACCAUGUCCUACGCACUGCAGGCCGAGAUGAACCACUUCCACAGCAACCGGAUCUACGACUACAACAGCGUCAUCCGCCUCUACCUGGAGCAGCAGGUGCACUUCUACGAGACGAUAGCGGAGAAGCUGAGGCAGGCCCUCGGCCGCUUCCCGGUGAUGUGAGCGGGAGCCCUCGGACCCGGGGCCACUCAGCCCGUCUCCAGGAAGAACAGGACAGCAGAGCCAUCCUCGGGGAUGGCCCGACUGCUGCCUCUGCUCUCGGGCCUGCAGCGUGGACCGAGGAGGGUGGUCUGUCCCUUCCCGUCUGUCGGCGAAGCCAGUGGAAAUGGUCUAUUUUCGGAAAGUCCUUCAUGUUACCCAAAUUCUUGGUGGAAAAUUAAGGGUUUCCCCCACUGAUAUUUUACAUAAAUCGGUAAUUUAUACGUUACCCCGAUCUCUCAGUUCUUACCCAACGUCAGAUAGUUACUAAUUGCUUCGGUAAAGGUAUGAACUCUGCCGGAAUAAGCAGCCGCGUAUGUUUGUAUAUUUUUAUAACUUCCCCCGCCCUCCGGGCUGCCUGUCGGCUGGGAGCGCCUGCCCCCUGGCCCUAACACAUCUCUGACACAAGUGCUUACAAACGUGUGGGGCCAGGAACCGGGGCCCUCCGGCGUGCGCCCCGAGCUGAGAUGCAGUGACCACCUCUCCGGGUCACAUAACCUGGGAGUACUCUGUCACCCUGCUCGGUGCCUGAGGAAAAGGAGGGUGAAACCCCUCAGGAUUGUGGCCUCUCCCGGGCUCCCAGACCCCCUGCGCCUCCCCGUCCCCUGGUCUCGGGCACCAACACUCACUUAGCACUCGGACCUGGAAACUGCACGAGGGCGUGAUGCCAGUGCCCCGGGUGUGCAGGGUGCUGGUCAGUACCCCGCUCACCCUGUGCACUGCCCCUCCUCUCCCCGCUCAGUGGGAAGCUGUGGGCAGAUGUGUGGGGCCGCCUGACUGGGCAGGGCCCAGCUAUUCUUGAAGACAGAGCGCAGCAGCGAGUACCUCAGUGAGUGCCUCAGUGAGUACCUUAGUAUCUCAGUGAGUGCCUCAGGAGUACCCUAGUGAGUACCUCAGUGAGUACCCUAGUGAGUACCUCAGUGAGUGCCUCAGUGAGUACCUUAGUAUCUCCGUGAGUGCCUCAGGAGUACCCUGGUGAGUGCCUCAGUGAGUACCGCAGUAUCUCUGUGAGUGCCUCAGUGAGUACCUUAGUACCUCAGUGAGUGCUUCAGUAAGUACCUUAGUGAGUGCCUCAGUGAGUACUUCAGUGAGUUCCUCAGUGAGCGCUCCAGCAAGUGCCUCAAUGAGUACUUUUUUGAGUCCUCCAGGAGUGCUUCAGUAAGUACCUCAGUGAGAGCUUCAACGAGUUCUUCAGUACUUGAGGGAGUGCUUCUGGGAGUGGCACAAAGCAAAAGCGAGUCCUGACCGGUCCUGUCAGCUUUGCACCAACCCACACAGACCAUGUCUGCCCCAUCUCCCACCCUCUCCACAGCGGCCUUAAACUCUCUCACUGCUUGCCACCGAAGAACUACAUUGUAGAAAAUGGGAAGUUUGGGCCAGCACCAAUAAAAUGAAACCAAAAAAACAGGAAAUCAAAUGAAUAUGAGAACAUCCUGUUCUUCACGCUCACGGGUUUUUGUUAAUGUUUUAUAAGUAAUUUUCCCUACUUGAUUUUUCUUUUAUAAAAUCUCAUAGAAAGUGUUUAUGAUACAGCCAUUUAAUAUAUGUACAAAUUGUAAAGAAUAUGUAUAAAUGUUUUACACAAAUAUAAGCAUGGAGAAGCCAACAUAUAAAUUGUUUAAAAAAAACUGUACAGUAAAUUCUCAAAGCACUUUUUCAAAACA